UCUGAGAAACAUCAACAUAGUAACCCGGGAAAGAGACCUCAGAGGCGGGGAGCGGCGUUUCUCUUUAGGGACCUCAAAGCGGAUCUGGAUACUUUGUUACACAGACACACACCGACACGACAACAAUGGAUGAAUGUCGUUAGAAAAAGUUGCUAUCUUAGUUAGCUAACAUUGGUUUGCUAACGUUAGCCGGCUAAUGCUAACGUUAGCAAACAGCUGAAACUGAAGAAGAAGUCUGAAGAAGUUUGGAUUGUAUGAUCAUUUUAUUAUCAUGAGGACGGCAACAUGAAUCUGGACAUCUAGAUACAUCGGUUCCUUUCAUUACAGGUGAAUGAGAGCGAUGAGGAGCAGCAGGAGGCCGGAGGUGUCUGCUCAGCAGCUGACUGAUCACACUAUUGGCACAGAGCUGACAACUGCAUGGAAGACUUUAUCUCAGUCCAAAGCUGCUUUGCGGCAUAUAGAGAACCGCCUGGAAGCCGCUCCAGGUUCAGGUGUUCUCCUGGAAUCUGUCAUGGACCCCAAGAAGAAAUCCUCCAGGACGGUGCGCUGCAGAGAUGGACAACAUGCUGACGUCACCGCGGGGUCUUCUAAGCGUCGGGGGCGGAGUCAGCAGAGUCCGGAGAAGAGCAGCUCUCGCAGCCCGCUGAGGAACGCCACGCAGGACAGCAACGUGCGGAGGAACAACAGCGUGGAGUUCAGGGAGCCGCUGGCCUCCUACAGAGAGGCCACCCCUCCACCAAACCCCCCCUCUCAGCUGGAGGCCUUCAGCCUUCAGUCCUCCUCCUCCAAUCCCCCCUCAGACCCCCUGCUGAGCCAGAUGGUUUACCACAGAGACACCAGGGACUCUCAGACGGACCGGGACCAGGACAGCACUCGCUCCUCGGCUCUGGAGGGCACGGAGGUCCGAUUCCUCAACGACCGCUCAGCCCUCGACUCCAUGAGGAACGCCAGGGUCUCUGCGUGGGAGCAGGACAACACCCCUAAACCUGCCCUGGACUCCAUGAGGACGGCGGGGGUCAGAGUGUCUGCAUGGGAGCAGGACAACACUCCCAAAGCACAACCAGGCAUGGAGGGACAGGAGUCGAGCCCGAGUUUAGCUCCAGGAUCCGCACAAAGAGAGGAGAACACCCCCUCGUCGAGCCCCGGAUCAGCCUCUCAGCGGCUGGAGAACCUCCGGCGGCACCAGCCUGACGACAAGCUGGAGAAACUCAAAGAGCGCAUCCGGAGGCAGAGGCAACAUCUGGAGGAGGCGGCAGAGAGAGAGAAGCUGCUGUUCAACCUGGAGCAGCCGGACGUAGAAGCUGUGGGGAGCAACAACGCCGGCACCAGCAACAUGCACAAAAUAAUACGGAAAGUAGCAGCUGCUCCACCGGCUCCGAUAUACAAAGGUACCUGCAGCUAUUUCACAUCCUUUGUUUGA